CUAAUCGCGAUUUCUCUGGGCGUAAAAAGAAGCAAAAAUUCCCAACUUUCGCAGCAUCUCCUAAGCUGAGAGGUGACAGAAAUGGAGGACAUUGAGGAUUUGCUGGUCGGAAGCACUGGCGGUGCUCCUCCCGGCUUUCGCUUGCCAGUCACCGCCGUUGGAUUGAAACCGAAGAAGACCAAAAACAAACCUCUUCUCAAUAAAAACAAUACCCUCGCUCCUAAUAUCCCCGGCACUCAGACAAUUUAUAUAAAGACCUUCGGAUGCUCACACAACCAGAGUGACAGUGAGUAUAUGGCUGGUCAGCUUUCAGCAUUUGGUUAUUCGUUAAGUGACAACCCUGAUGAAGCAGAUCUCUGGCUUAUAAAUACCUGUACGGUUAAAUCUCCAAGUCAGUCUGCAAUGGACACUCUAAUAACAAAAGGCAAAAAUGCCAAAAAGCCACUGGUGGUGGCUGGUUGUGUGCCUCAAGGAAGUCGAGAUCUGAAAGAACUUGAAGGGGUCAGUGUAGUAGGAGUUCAGCAAAUUGACCGAGUUGUUGAAGUUGUUGAAGAGACCCUGAAAGGUCAUGAGGUGAGGCUGUUGACCCGCAAAACAUUGCCUGCACUCGACCUUCCCAAGGUGAGAAAGAACGAGUUCGUUGAGAUUCUUCCAAUUAAUGUCGGUUGUUUAGGUGCCUGCACUUACUGCAAAACAAAGCAUGCUCGUGGUCACUUGGGGAGCUAUAUAGUUGAUAGCCUUGUAGGACGGGUAAGAACUGUCAUAGCUGAUGGAGUUAAGGAGAUAUGGUUGAGCAGUGAAGAUACCGGAGCUUAUGGUCGUGACAUUGGGGUCAAUCUUCCAAUUUUGUUGAAGGCCAUCGUUGCUGAACUUCCUCCUGAUGCAAGCACAAUGCUUCGCAUUGGCAUGACAAACCCUCCUUUUAUUCUAGAGCACUUAAAAGAGAUAGCGGAUGUUUUGCACCACCCAUGCGUAUAUUCCUUCUUGCAUGUACCAGUUCAAUCUGGAAGUGACGCAGUCUUGACUGCUAUGAAUCGGGAAUAUACUGUUAGUGAGUUCAGGACUGUGGUAGAUACCUUGACUGAGCUUGUGCCUGGGAUGCAGAUUGCAACGGAUAUAAUAUGUGGAUUUCCUGGUGAAACAGAUGAAGAUUUUGCUCAAACCAUUGGCCUUAUCAAUAAGUACAAGUUCCCCCAAGUUCAUAUAUCGCAAUUUUAUCCUCGACCAGGGACGCCAGCAGCGAAAAUGAAAAAGGUUCCCAGUACUAUAGUGAAGAAACGGAGCCGUGAGUUGACUUCGGUUUUUGAAGCUUUCACACCUUAUAAUGGGAUGGAAGGGAGGGUGGAAAGAAUUUGGAUAACAGAUAUUGCAACAGACGGAGUUCAUUUGGUUGGCCAUACCAAGGGAUACGUGCAGGUGCUUGUGGUUGCUCCAGAGAGUAUGCUUGGGACUUCAGCCAUUGUGAAAAUAACAUCCGUGGGAAGGUGGUCAGUUUUUGGAGAAGUGAUCGAGACUAUCCAGGAUGUAAAUUACAAGAAAACUUCAAGCACGAGAUCGUCUAGUGAGAACAAAUGUAGCCCGUGCUCCGACCCCUGCAAUGCCUGUGCGUCUUCAAGAGUGCAAGAAACCUGUGCUUGUGGACCUGAAGGCUGUGGAGGAACUACUUUGGAAGAAAGUGCCGUCUCAACAAAUGCCAUCCCACAAGAGGAUCGAAGUAGCAGAAAUCUGAUUGGAUGGUUGCUUAGGAAGAGAAAGAACAAUGUUGUGCAAAAAAUGGAGAGUGAAGUUUCAUCUGGAUUUAAGAAAAAGCUAGAGUGGGUUGGAGAAAGCAAGGGUUCGUGGAAUGUGGUCGAUAGAGUUCUUCUGGGUGGAAUACUUGUGAGCUUCCUGACAAUUUUAACACUACUAAUACAUCAUGGAUUUAGGACUUUGUCUAACUAACAAAACAUUGGUUUUUUUGUUUUUUGUUUUUUUUUUUUUUUUAUACCUACUUUUGUCAACAAUUUUGAUUGAAGAUGUUCCCAU